AAUUGUUACAUAGUAAUUACAUUAGAAGUGCCAGAUGUAUGAGAUUGGUAGGAACUAAAAUCGGUGCAGGAUAUGUAGUUCCGUUCAAAAUUCUUGUAAUGCCGCUACAUUUUGGUGCUGUCAGCGUUGUGACGUAUAAUCAGCUGUGGUGAGUGAGCGGCGCGCGACGUCGGCGGUGACGCAAGCGGGCGGGCCUACCGGCGGGCGCGCGCCGCUCGAGCCCACGUGUUGAGUCAGGCAGGCUCGCUUUAUAACAGCAUACGGCCCCGGCAGCCAGCACAAUCCAACAGACCGCGGAACAAGCAACACGUACAGUGACAGUGAAUACAACACGUGAUUAUCUCAACAGAUAACAGUGAAUAAAUCGUGAUUAAAUAAAAAGUGAUAACUAAGUGAAAGGUGAUAAUGAUGAUGGCUAAAAUUGUUUUGUGUUUGGUUCUGUGUGUGGUGGUAGCGGGACACAAGCACCACCCCAAGUUCCCCAAGAACACAGAGGAUUAUAUCAUACCGAUGCCCAGGAAAGUCGCAUGCUCCGGUGACAAUGAACGUGAACGUGGUAACAUCAUUGAACAGUCAAAAUGUGGAGAUCCUAAAGAUGUCUUCGAAUACUUGAAAGUGAAGGCUGCGCAUGAACAGAUCAGUCCUCGUGCCGUGUGGGUCAAGCGCUGCGUCGGCCUCUGCGAGUACGAGAACGAAGGCACCUGCGUGGCCACGGAGACCGCCAUCCGGCACAUACCGAUUCGAAUAUACAACGUGAAGACAAACAAGGAGACGUGCGCCACGUACCCCAUCGUGGAGCACGUGUCGUGCGGCUGCUGCUCGCUGUCGCCGGAGGAGUGCGCGGCGCCGAGGGUGUACAAUCCUCGUAAGUGCUCCUGCCAGUGUCCCAACAUGGAGGAACGCCGCAGUUGUCUCAGAAAGCGGAACCAGAAUAUGAGGUGGAAUCGGUCUAAGUGCGCAUGCGAGAAGCGGAGAAGGUCGGUGAAGUGAAGCACGCCCAGCUCACAGACAUUAUGUUGGGGACAAGUGAUACCGGUGUUGUGAAACUUGGAGACUAUGGCGACCACGGCGCGAGGCGCCUGGUCGAGUGUUAAUAGUGCGGUGACAGUAGCGUCGCCUACAACGCCGACGACGUCCUAGUGACGAGUGAACUAUGAGUCAGCUCACAGUUUGGAGACCAGAGUCAGCGGUGCGACGGUGCGCGGCACAGUCCUGCCCGCCCAGUAUAUGUACAGCGCGACUGAUACAAGUGUCCUUAGUCUUAAAUAUUCAGAAUUUGACAGUAUUAUACUACGUAAGUUAUUUAUUUGUAUAGUUCGUAAGAUGAAAUGGGGCCAAAAGGUGCUGUGAGUAGACUUUGUUAAUUUAUUCCAUGACUUUUUGGUUUGCUGUCUAAUGUACUUAAAGUUGUAACUCAAACGUAUUAUUUUUAGUUUUAUUAUUUAUUGUAAUGUUCCCUAAAGGGGGCGUUCUGUAGGUUAAGUGAUGGUGUGGUCUGCUGACCAUAUCACAGUUUCUCUGAGAACGAUACUUUUAAUUUAUUUCUAUUAUGCUUGGGAUCGAACCUCGCAAUGUUUGUGGUCAAGGGCCUGUUACUUACUACUAACAAGUGACUGCUAAUGUAUUAUAAUUGUAGUUAAUGUGCAUUUUUUCGCAAUUCGCGCGACAUCACUGUUCAGUAUUUAAGUAUUUAGUAUAAUGAUGACGAGCGUAAAACUGAUUUUGCGCAAUUCCUAAAUUGUGAUAAUAGUUAUUCCAUUUCUGAUAGGAUAAUGUUUAAAUGUAAGUAAUAUAGAGCUAAGAAAAAUAGAAUUUAAAGUAUUUGCUUUCUAGUCAAGCGUUAAUAUCAUUUGGUAAUUUAUUUAUUUAUUUAAAACUGUCUCUCUUAAGUAUUUAUUUAAGAUGUAAUUUGAAUUUCAGGCACCGCCCGUAGGUACUAAUUAGAGUGUAAGUUAGGGACCUAGUCUUCGACGUGCCAAAGGCAUAGAAUCUCGUAGGUUUUCUGAUUAAUUUAUUUGUAUUAUUAUUUAUUUAUGAUCACUGAACGGAGGUACUCGAGCUUUAAAAGCUAAGCGACGGACAUGAUUAGAUAUAAUGUUUUGUAUUACUUUAGUUUAUAAGUUAAACAAUAAACCUUUUUUUAGAAAACUCA